AGUUCGUAAACCUACUAGAUCACACUACCAGUAUGAGAAUGAGUUGGAAAACGGUAGGUGGCAGAACAGUCGUGCAGUAUAUUUAUUGGAACAUUAAUAAACCGUUGUCUUACUCUACAGCGUCAUAGAUAAGGAUGUUGUUUUUAUAAAGCACUAUGUUUUGAGUAAUGAUUUUGUGUGCACAUGUUGGAAUCUUCUGUUAAUGUUGUGAAAUUACACGAUCACCCUUCCAUUGUCAACCAGUGCUGUGAAUUACUUAACUCUGAAUGGCCAAGAAGCAUAAAUUCAAGGUGUGCCACUCUCCGUACAUCUCGGGACGAGUUGCCAACAUGCUUUUGCCUGGUCCAGUCUGACCAGGUGAUAGGGCACGCCAAGCUGUCGCCUCUCCUCAGCCACCCUGGUAGCUGCACCGUUCACUCAGUGUUAAUCCACCCAGGACACAGGAAGAAAGGUUUAGGCAGGCUGUUAAUGGAGAAAUGUGAAGAGUAUGCAACAAGUGUAGGCAUCCACACAAUCUAUCUAUCAACGGAUGACCAGCAAGGCUUCUAUGCUGCAUUGGGCUACGCGAAGUGUGAACCAUUUUCCAUCUACGGUUCCAGCCCAAUCCAUGGGCGUGACACCAACUCAGAUAUCAACAAGAAUGACUGUUCAGAGGAAGCUAAAUUAAAAACAGUAGAGAAUCUAGCUCCAGGUCCAACUACAGCCGAGAAACCGCCACCACCACCCCCACCUCCUCCCUCUCUAAAGCCCCAUGCAUAUGCUGCAAGCGCACACAAAACUUUCAUGAGGAAAAUUCUCAAAAAGGAAAAAUAAACCAGUUGUGCCUUUAAUUUUAAUGCUUGGCUUAGUAAAUCACAUCCAAGCAUUAAGAGUACAUUAUGUUUCAUAAUGUGAAAAUAGUAUAAACAUUAUUUGUGAAAACUUCAAAUGUACACCAGUUAUGGUAAAAAUAAUUUUCCUUGCGCGUUUGAACUGUUCACAAAGUAGAUACCAGACAGAAAGAACCCUGGUCUUUUCCUUUUGUCUACCUCCGAGUGGUAUCACCCCUGUGUGUGAACAUGAAGUACUGGAUGCACCAUGACAACAUGCAAGUGCAUUGGAGAUCUUUCUUUCCCCACCAUUUUCCCUUUAAACCUCGUCCUAUAAUAAAUCUUCCUGAACACA